CACCAUGUGUGCGACAGAGCACUGCCAAGAAUAUUAAUUAGAAAUUCUGGUUUUAUUUAAGCAGAAAGAAAUAGCGUCAAGUUUUAUUCCAGUAGGUACGCUGAAUUUGUUUUUGCUUAGUUUAUAUUCCAAAAGAUUAAAUCCCAAGGAAGUUUCAUUCUUCAUUUUUGACUACUAACAUAUUCAUGUAAUUUAGUGGAAAGUACUUGUUCUAGUACUUUUCUCAUAAACCCAUUCUCUUAGUGGAAAAUCUCAAUCCUUAAUACUCCCACUAUGUGCCCUUUUGUCCUUAUUUUUUUAGGACCAUUCGUUUCCAACAAAACGCGUAAAAGUGUAAAUUUUCUAUUCAGAAACUCUAUUUUUGAUAUCUUAUCAUCUCAUCCUCCCUAACUUAGUAACUUUACUAUGUUUUGUAGAUAUUUUUUGUUCUUUUCCUGACUCAAAAGAUAUUUGAUGAGAGAGCUCCAAGAAACAAGCACAAUCUUGGCUUGAGGUUUCAUAUACUUUCUUGCUUCUUCAUCUAGACACUCUGUUUAAUCCCUUUUGUCCAUAUCUUUAGCACUUAAACUUUGUGUUUGUCAUGUUGCUGUUUUAACAUUCUAUUUAACAGUAUUUGGCAGUUGAUGUCUAGAUGAUUGUCUUGUACUGUGUACACUCUAUUAUAUUGUUGCAAUCAUGUGAUUUGUGGAUGUUUGCCUUAGUUUUCUGGAAUUUGUCCCCUGAUGCCUUCUAAUCUUUUAAUGUUAGUGACCGUAUAAAAGGUUUAAGAGAAGUACAUCCCAAUUUUGCGUAAACAUUGAAGUUGGUGUCUUUUUGCUGAAACAUGUCCUAUUUCAUUAGAAUUCUUGGGCUGUUGAGGACUUGAUGUUAAUCUAUGAGGUAUAUUCUGGCUACUAGUCUUGGUUUCUGAAUUUCUGAUCCAAUCAGAAAACAUAUAGAAAGAAAGGGGGCGGAGAGGCCUCUUGAUUACCUAUUUCAUCAGAAAAAUAGAGCUUGAGGUUAGUUUCAAGAUUCAGGAGGAAGGAUCAUCCAAAGUUUAGGCCUUUGACUUUAACCCAACCUGUUGUACCUUUUGCCUGGAAAUGGGUGAUGAUAAAUCAGUGGUCACAGUUCCUGAUGGGGAACAACACAUAAUUGCUGCAGCUCAUCACCUUGUGAAGGCGUUACGAGCCAGCACGAGCUUGAGCAUUGAAGUUAGAAGAAGUCUAGCCGAUCUUGACAUUCACUUGGCUGCAAUGACUGAAGCAAAAGAGGAUGAGACCUCAAGUCUCAGAGAGAUUGAAGGUAGGUUCAAGUCAGCUCAGGUAAAGAUCUUGACUUUGCAGUCGAAUUUCUUGAAGAUAUGGGAUGCUGGUCCUUCACAACUUCUUGAGUACCUGCACGCUGUAGAAGAAGUUCGAACUAUAACGGUGACCUUGCAAAGCGUGGCUCCAAACCAUAAUGGGAAACAAAACAGACUAGCUAAUCAAGCUCACAGUGUGUUGCAAAUGGCAAUGGCAAAACUGCAGGAAGAAGUUAUCAACAUUCUUGCACAGAAUAAGCUGUGUUUUGGGCAUGAUUAUGUGUCAUUCCACUCGUGUGAAGAGUUCGUUGUGGAUGAGGAGUCGAUGGUUUCAACUGAAAAUGAUUCAGUUGUGGGAACUUCUUGCAGGGAGAGUAGUGGAGCUGAAUCAGAAGAAUGUAUAAUGGAUUUGGUUCAUCCAUAUAUUGUUCCUCAUGUCAAGUCUAUUGCAGAUGUAAUGUUCGCUUCACAUUACGAUCAGGAAUUUUGCCAGGUCUUUAUCAGAUUCUGGAAAGAUGCAUUAAAUGACUACUUAAGGCUUUUCUGUAUGCAACAAACCAGCAUUGAAGAUGUGCUGAGAAUGGAUUGGACUUGUUUGAGUUGCAGAAUAAAGAAGUGGCGCCAGGCAACGAAGAACGUUAUUGCAUUCUAUCUCCCUAGUGAGAAAAACCUCUUUGAUCAACUUCUAGGUGAGUUUGGAUCUGUUAGCUCAAACUGUUUCAUUGAAGCUUCAAAGGAUGCAAUGUUGUGUCUUUUAAAUUUUGGCCAAGCUGUAGCUAUUGGCCCCCUUCGGCCAGAACGCCUUUUUUGUUUACUUGAUAUGUUUGAGCUUCUAAGAGAUCUUUGUCUAGACGUGGAUGCUUUGUUUUGUGAAAAUCAGGGUAGUUUCAUUAAAAUGGAGUACCAUGAACUCCUGAAAAAUCUUGGAGAUUCUGCAAAAGCAAUCUUUCUGGAGUUAGGGAAUCACAUUGCUUCAAACACUUCAACAACUCCCUUCUACGGAGGAGGUGUUCAUCCUCUUACCAAGUACGUUAUCAAUUAUUUCAUGCUUCUUUCAGAAUAUUGUGAUACCUUGAAGUUCCUUCUUGAGGACAGAGAGGUACAGAAUUUGGAAGGCGUUGUUGAUGCUAUGGCCAGGCUCGACGUUUCUUCUGAAUUCUCAUGUCCAUUGGCUCUUCACUUGCAGUCAGUAGCAUCCAUGCUUGAAUCCAACCUUGACAAAAGGUCCAAUUUAUAUAAAGAUGGUUCUUUAAAGCACAUAUUUCUGAUGAACAACAUCCAUUACAUGGUUCAGAAAAUCAAGAACUCCAAAAUUAGAACUUGUUUUGGUGAUGAGUGGAUAAAAAACCGUAUUGUAAGAUACGUGCAGCACGAAAAAAGGUACGAGAGAAUAACAUGGAGUCCUAUCUUGUCUUUGAUUACCGGUUAUGAGAAAUCAGGAAAGACAGUUCUCAAGGAGAGGUGCAGAAAUUUCAGUAUUGCUUUUGAGGAUGUGUACAAGAACCAGACAGGAUGGACUAUCCCAGAUAUUGAGCUUAGAGAAGAAUUGAGAAUUUCAACAGCGUUAAAGGUUGUUCAUGCCUACAGGCCAUUUAUUGGACAUGUGAAGAAAUCUAUUAGUGACAAGCACAUAAAGUAUACUGAAGAUGAGUUGGAGAAGUAUCUCCUGGAUUUUUUUCAAGGUUCAACAAAGUCACUGAAUCAUCAUCAAUGGAGGAGGUGAAAGUUGAAUUUUUAUGGUUGAAGUGUAUGCUCUUUUUUCAUGCAUUCAUAUGUAAUUUAUCAACUAAGUAGUGACUUGGUGUCUUUGUACCCUUUCCUUUCCCCUUGUAUAGCUGCUGCCUAUAGUUCUCCAGUUUAAUCUAGUAUCAUCAUGACCUUUUUGGUAUAUGCAUUCCUUUUAAUUUGAUGGUUUCAA